AUGUGCGGCGGUGCUAUAAUUUCCGAUUUUGCCCCUAUCGUCACCAAAGCUAAGGGCCGUAAACUCACCGCGGAGGAACUCUGGUCAGAGCUCGAUGCUUCCGCCGGCGAUGACUUCUGGGGUUUCGAUUCCUCCUCCAAGCUUCAAUCCACCAACCAAGGGAUACGGAAGCGACCGUGGGGGAAAUGGGCGUCGGAGAUUCGAGAUCCAGGAAAAGGAGUCAGAGUCUGGCUUGGUACGUUCAACACGGCGGAGGAAGCCGCCAUGGCUUACGACGUAGCGGCGAAGCGGAUCCGUGGCGAUAAAGCCAAGCUCAACUUCCCGGAUCUCCAUCAACAACCUACUCCUUCUCCGCCACCGUCUUCACCGCGAUCGACCGAUCAGCCUCCGGCGAAGAAGCUCUGCGUGAGCGAGUUAACUCAGCCGAGUUUCCCAGUGGAGUGCGCUGGGUUCGGAAAUGGGGACGAGUUUCAGAAUCCGAGUUACGGAUUUGAAGCGGAUUACGAUCUGAAACAGCAGAUAUCGAGUCUGGAAUCUUUCCUUGAGCUCGACGGUAUCACGGCGGAGAAACCGAGUCAACUCGACGUGUCCGUCGCCGAGGUGGAUCUGUGGAUGCUUGAUGACGUCAUCGCGUCGUAUGAUUAUUAG